AUGGACUACGACGCUUACGACGCUUUGUUGCACCACAUCUUCCGCCAGACCCAAGGCGAUGCAUGGUUCAAGCCCUCGGAGGAGAACGUCCAUGCAGGCGUAUGCCUCCGCGUAGACUCGGGAAACUUCCGCCUCUUCCCCUACGACAACCUCUACCUCGAGCCGUUCGAGGCGUCGGUGAGGAUGCUCAACCCGGUGGUUGCUGUCAAAAUUCGCAGCGCGGCAAUCCACGCCGCACUUGCCACCGUUAAGCCUGAUGCGGAUGCCAUCUACAUCGACGACAACACCCGCAUCCAGGUGCUCGAUACGAUGGCCCUGCUCGGCACCGCCGACAAGGAACAAUGUGGCGCCUUCCUCCGCGACGAGCGCGUGCUGGUAGUGUGGUCCUACCACCUCGACACCAUCAUCCCGACGUGCCGGGACUUCGAGGAAAAGCUCAUCAAGCUCGUGUGGGACCACCGCUUCGGAAGCACGUUCAACAGCUCGAUCGCCCUGCCGUCGUCGAACUCCUCCUCAGUCGCCCAUCUCAACGAGAAGCCGGUUGAGCAGGCUGAAACGAAGGAGGUCGUAGCGCCAGCGGAGGACAAGCGGGUCAAGAACUCCAAGAAGAAGCGCCGGUGUGGUCUGGGCUACUGGGUCACCGACAAGGACGACAUCGAGAAAACGGCGGAGGGUCCCUCCCCGAGGCCAAUCCGCCUGUUCGCGCCCGUGUACAAUGGUCUCGGUGUGGCGUUGUCCAUCUUCUUCAUUGGAAGCGGCGUCGCUAUUCUUGUGCAGGAGUCCCUUCUGGACGGCGACUACACGCGCUUUGCACUGCUGGUCACCACCCCGUUCCUGUUCUGCGUGUCACUCUUCUUUGCGCUCCAGAUCAUCGCAAACCUGUCGUUCAUGUUUGGGCCAGUUGCUCAGUACCAUGAGAACUCCAAGUACUACUCGGCGGUGCGCCCCGCUCCGAACAAGAUCGUCGACACCAACUUGCCGCAUAUCACCAUCGAGAUGCCUGUUUACAAGGAAAGCCUGAACGAGACCAUCGCGCCUUCGGUGUACUCUCUCAAGAAGGCUAUCCAGACCUACGCGCGCCAGGGUGGGACAUCCUCAAUCGUCGUUCACGAGGACGGGCUGCAACUGCUCUCCGAGGAGGAGCGCGCUGUUCGCAUCGCGUUCUACGCGGACCACAACAUCGGCUGGGUCGCGCGUCCGCCGCACAGCGGCGCACCCGACGGGUACAAGCGCGCGGGUCGCUUUAAGAAGGCAUCGAACAUGAACUACGGCCUCGCGCUUUCGCUGAAACUCGAGAAGCACCUGCUCGCACUCGAGGCGGCCGGCGAGCGCGACACGGCGGAAGAAUGCCUCGAGGACCGUGCGCUGCGACUCGCAAUCGAGGAGGCCUACGAGGAGAGCGGUGGACGGUGGCGGCCAUGGGCGGCGAACGGCAAGUCGCUGCGCAUCGGCGAGGUGAUCCUCAUCGUCGAUUCGGACACCAUCGUUCCGGAGGACUGCCUGCGCGAUGCUGCGCGCGAGCUCGCGGAGAGCCCCGAGGUCGCGAUCAUCCAGCACGAAUCGGACGUGAUGCAGGUCGCACACCACUACUUCGAGAACGGGAUCGCGCACUUCACGCGGCGCAUCAACAAGUGCAUAUCGAUGGGCUGUGCCAAUGGUGAGAUCGCGCCGUUCGUCGGGCACAACGCGUUCCUGCGCUGGUCGGCACUGCAAGACGCUGCGUUCAUUGACCCUGCGGACGGCAAGUCGAAGAUCUGGUCGGAGUCUAACGUGUCCGAGGACUUCGAUAUGGCGCUCCGUUUGCAGCUUAAGGGGUACAUUAUCCGUUGGGCCACGUACUCUCUCGGCGGUUUCAAGGAGGGUGUCUCCCUGACGUGCGACGAUGAAUUGAACAGGUGGCAAAAAUACGCAUAUGGCUGUAACGAACUGAUAUUCAACCCGCUCAUCCACUGGUGGCGGAUGGGACCUAUCAACAAGCAGCUCCGGACGUUCAUCUGGUCCGGAGCACCUGUUCACUACAAGAUCAGCAUGAUGUCCUACAUGUUUUCGUACUAUGGUCUCGCCGCGUCCGCACUACUUUCGGUGCUGAACUAUUUUCUGCUUGGGUGGAAUAUCAAGGUGGAUGGAUUCUACGAGCAUAGCUUCGAGAUCUGGCUUGCCUGCACAGUCGUCUUCCCCGGCGCCGGCAACAUCGGCUUCACGCUGCUUGAGUACCGCCUCGGGCAACGGGACAUACUUUCGUCUCUCAUCGAGAACCUGACCUGGGUGCCAUUCUUCUUUUUCUUCUUCGGCGGCCUCAGCAUCCAUCUUUCGCAGGCGCUCCUCGCUCAUCUCUUCUCUUACAACAUCACCUGGGGAGCGACGAAGAAGGAGGUCGAGCGUUCCAACUUCUGGCUCGAGGUGCCGAAGAUCCUCAAGCGCUUCUGGCUUGCCCUUAUCGUCAGCCUCGCGUUCGGGGUCAUUGAGGUGCUCCUCGCCACGGACGUCGUCCCGAUAGGCUGGCGUAUUUUCAGCUACGACUGGGCCGUCAUCAUGCCCCUCGCAAUCGUCGCCGGCUGCCACAUCGCCUAUCCGAUUGUCUUGAAUCCUUGGUUGAUGAUCUUCUCCUACUAGUCUUCCGUGACAGUACCAGGGCAACCCGCCUCCGCCGUAUCCCCGGAUGGACGCAGAGCGGUACAUCGUGCCCGCACAGUUUCACUCGGCGGUCGUGGCGGAUGCCCGCGCGCG